UAAUCCCACUUGAAGUGACAAAAUUCUAGCGCAUGACAGCUAAUAAACCUCAUAAAACUACGCCAAAUCCGUACAGCUAAUACUUUCACAUACUUUGGCAAUUUAAACAAAAAUUCAAUCAAAUCUCCUUCUUUCUUCAUCUCUCUCUCUCUCUUUCUCCUUCAAUCUCUCCAAACAAACCGUUCUCCGAAGUAACUACACCAAUCUAUCUCUCUCAGACUUUUUUUCAAACACCUGCUCUGCGCUUUUGUUUUUUGGUUUUGGUUUGGAUUGCUCAAAUGUGGAGCGACAGUGAGGGGGGCACAGUUUACGGGUAAAAAGAAUUUGCUCUUCUUUGAAUUAUUUUCAAAGCGAGUUUCGGGAGAUUCGCUGGCCCAAACCAAAAAAAACCACCAUGUCUUCUAGUUUCAGUCCGUCAUGGGGUCCCAGCACUGGGGGGAGUUCGAGGUUUCAGUGGGGAGGAGUUGGAGGUGUAUCCAGGUUGAGAUCUUCGUCGCUUAAGAAACCGCCCGAACCACUCCGCAGAGCCGUCGCUGAUUGUCUGUCUUCCUCUGCGGCUAACUCACACCAUGGCAAUCCUUCCUCCGCUGUUCCCCUUACCGAAGCUUCCAGGACUCUUCGGGACUAUUUAGCAAAUCCUCCAACAAUGGACUUGGCUUACAAUGUCAUUUUAGAACAUACAAUUGCUGAGAGAGAACGCAGCCCAGCAGUUGUUGCAAGGUGUGUGGCACUUUUGAAGCGCUAUCUCCUAAGAUAUAAACCCAGUGAGGAGACAUUAUUGCUGAUUGAUCGAUUUUGUGUGAGCACUAUUGCUGAAUGUGAUACUAGUCCAAACCGAAGAUUGUCUCCAUAUUCACGACCUGUACUUCAACAAUCUGGUGCAUCAACACCAUCUAAAAAUAUUUCUCCUUUGCCUGUAUCUAGUUUUGCUUCUGGGGCACUCGUAAAAUCAUUGAAUUAUGUACGUUCUUUAGUGUUUCAACAUAUUCCAAAGCGGCUAUUUCAACCAGCUGCUUUUGCCGGAAACCCCUCUACUUCAAGACAGGCACUUCCUACACUGUCAUCUUUGUUGAGUAGAUCCUUCAAUUCUCAAUUAAGCCCUGCACAAAAUGCAGAACCUUCGGAUAAUAAAGACAUUACAGUUUUAUCUCUUUCAAACUCAUCAAACAUUGAAAAGGUUGAUGGAACAGAUGAUUUUGAAUACAUUCCACUUGAUGUACUCAAAUGGCGCUGGCUUGGGGAAUGCCAAUCACCAUUUUUGCCAGAAAGUGACCGUUACAUGAAUCCUCAAGACAUGCGAAAACAUAAUUUCAUAGAAGUAGGUGCUGCGGCUUUACUUGUUGGAGACAUUGAAGCUAAAAUGAAUGGUCAACUGUGGAAAUAUUUUGGAACUGCUGAUAUGCCUUUUCUUGAUCAACUGUUGCAGCCUUCACCAGUAACAACAAUCACAGAUUCUGCCUUUGCCCGUCCCCACUUGAGAGCGAUAACAGCGUCUAAACGCACUAGGGCAGGCCCUCAUCAAAUAUGGCAUGAUUCUCCAGUGAGCACAUUCCGUCCACGGGCUAAACCACUAUUCCAAUAUCGGCACUACAGUGAACAACAACCUUUGCGAUUGAAUCCUGCUGAGGUAUGCGAGGUUAUUGCUGCAGUUUGCUCUGAUGAGAUGUUGUCGCCAAAUGCUAACGCCAUGACAGUAUCAUCUAGAUUGAAUAAUAACAGUGGAAAGCCCUCAAUGGAUGUGGCCGUGAGCGUCCUUAUUAAACUUAUUAUAGACAUGUAUGUUUUGGAUGCUGUCAUUGCUGCUCCUCUCACUUUGUCUAUGCUUCAGGAAAUGCUCAGUUCUCCAAAAAUGGCUUGUAGGGCUCGUGCUUUUGAUUUAAUUUUGAACCUUGGUGUUCAUGCUCAAUUGUUAGAGCCAAUGGUAACCGAUAAUGCUUCCACAAUUGAAGAAGACUUUUCUCAAGAACCAUAUUUUGACAAUGAAGCUGAACUUGCUACUCCAGGAAAGGGGAAAAUGGAUUCUGUCAAAAUGGGCACUUCCUCGGCCAUUAGUGGUUUUGAAUCUUGGAUUUUAAACAUUUUAUAUGAGAUACUGCUGCUUCUUGUUCAGAUAGAAGAGAAGGAAGAAUUGGUUUGGGCUUCUGCUCUAAGCUGUUUACUAUAUUUUGUCUGUGAUAGAGGCAAAAUCCGGAGAAACCAGUUAAAUGAUCUUGACAUAAGGGUUAUUAAGGUACUGAUAGAAAUCAGCAGGAAAAAUUCUUGGGCAGAAGUAGUACAUUGCAAACUUGUUUCCAUGUUAGCAAACAUGUUUUAUCGAGUCCCUGAAGGAAAUAUGGAUGCUGUUUCAAGUUCCCCAAUUUUCCUUGUUGAACAAGUUGACCUGAUUGGUGGAAUCGAGUUUAUUUUUCUUGAGUAUACUCUGGCAAACUCCAGGGAAGAAAGAAGAAGCUUGUAUCUGGUCCUUUUUGACUAUGUUUUGCAUCAAAUAAAUGAAACAUGCAUAUGUACAGGGGUUAUGGAGUAUAGUGAGGAUGAGAUUCAGCCUCUUGCAGGCCUGCUCACUCUUGCAGAUGCUCCGGAAGCUUUUUAUAUUUCUGUUAAGCUUGGGAUUGAAGGUAUUGGGGAGAUUUUGCGGAGAUCAAUUUCUACAGCAUUGUCUAGGUAUCCCAACAGUGAACGAUUAAAUACGCUGCUGGAGAGUGUAACGGAGAAAUUUGAUGCAAUAAUAACUUCAUUUACUCAUUUGGACAAAGAGUUCUCUCAUAUGCUGCAGAUGACAAAAUCUUACAAGGUUCUAGAAAGUGUUGAAGGUUCAGGCCUGAGAAAUGGUAUUGACAUGGAAGCAAAGCUAGCGUGGGCCACUUUACAUUCCCUUCUUCAUUCAGACAGAAUUUCUUACCGCCAGAAUGGAUAUACUUGGUUGGGGGAUCUGCUUAUUGCAGAGAUUAGUGAGGAAAAAAAUGGAAGCAUUUGGUCAAAUAUAAAAAAUCUGCAGCAAAAGAUUGCUCUUGCUGGUGUUCAAGAUGCCUCAUCUGCUUCAGAUGUCCCUUUAUCCAUUUCGCUGAUGUGCGGACUUUUGAAGUCAAGGAACUACAUUAUUAGAUGGGGCUUUUUGUUUGUUCUAGAAAGGCUUCUCAUGAGGUGCAAAUUUUUGUUAGAUGAGUAUGAUAUGCAGCACUCGAAUGGCGGUGAUGUUGGGCAUGUAGAGAAAGGUAGCCGUCUUGAGAAAGCUAAUGCAGUGAUAGACAUUAUGAGCAGUGCCUUGUCCUUGGUGUUUCAGAUUAACGAGACUGACCGCUACAAUAUUUUGAAGAUAUUUAUGUUUUUGAGAUUUUUAACAUUGGUGUGGAUAGAAGCCGAAGCCCUCCAAGAGGCAAGAGGUUUAGUAGCAGUGACCGUGCAUCUUACCGUGAUGCUCUCCAUCCAAGAGAUUGCCACGUUUCCUGGCAAGAUUAUCUUUGCAAUAAAUGUAAACGACCAGGCCAUUUUGCCAGAGAUUAUCUGAACAUGACUGUAUGCAACAAUUGUGGACUUCCUGGGUGAGAUGAGUACUGUUAUUGCUUUUCAUGAUUUUCCCUCAAGAUGGGGGGAAAAAUAAAAAAUAUGGAUCAAAUCUAUGAAAAUUUGUUCGGGAGAUUGCUCUGUAUCUCAAGUUAAAAAUUUUACCUACUAUUUCUAUGACUUUCUGAUUUUUGGAAUACAUUUCUGUGACUGCCACAUUGCUGCUGGAUUACCUCAACAACUAUGUGUUGGAACUGUAAGGAGCCUGGACAUCUUGCAAGCCAGUACCCCAAUGAUCCAAUGUGUCACAUGCGUGGUAAGAUGGGUCACCUGGCUCGAGAUUGUGUUCAUCCAGGUCUUCCAGCUCAUGGUGCAAGGCUGUGCAACAACUGUGACAAGGCAGGCCACAUUGCUGUAGACUGCACAAAUGAGAAGGCUUGCAACAACUGUCAUAAAACUGGUCACCUUGCUCGUGAUUGCCCUAAUGAACCGGUCUGCAAUAUUUGCAAUACAUCAGGUCAUUUGGUCCGUCAUUACCCCAAGUCAAGCCUAGCAUCAGACAUGAGAGGCUCUUUCCGAGACAUUACCUGCCGGAUUUGUGGUCAGUGAGGGCACAUGAUCCAUGACUCUGUCUGUGCAUACAUUGUCACAUGCAACAACUGCGGUGGAAGAGGUCACCAAGCCAGCGAGUGCCCUUCUACCCAGAUGUUUGUCCGUCAGUAUUAACUGCUUGAUAGCUAGGAUUACAAUCAAAUUAUUGUAGCUAUGAAUUUGUUUAAGCGCUUCUCAAUGUAAGUUGAGUGGCUUUGUUCAACUUUCGGAUUUGAAUUGAUUGAAUUCACUUUUUUGGAUGA